AAAGGUUCCAGAAAUUAGGUUAGCUUUGUGGCCUUCAAUUUCUACUUGCUUGAAUCACAAUCUUAGCUUUGUUUCUUGAUUACCACAGCAAACAACCAUGUCGGGUGGAAAUUUCAUGCACAGAGUGAUUUCCUAUGUAGUGAACGAGGUCGUCGUUAACGGUCUCGCAAACAGCUUCCUGCUUGGUUGGCCGUCAGUAGUCAUCGGGUUUAUCGGUGGAAAACCAGAAAGCAAAUCAAAAUCAGCCAUGGCGACUUCUAUAUUCAGAAAAGCAAAUCAUCUUCGAAAUGCUCAUCGAUGCCUCCAUUAUCUCACUCUGAACCAAUGCAGAUCAUCGGCUCCAUUGGCAGCUCCGAUUGCUCGGCUUCUUCACCAUCCACCUCUUCCUUUCACGCAAUCUGUUAUGCCCGUUGGAACUGGAUUCAGAUCUUUCGGAAUUCAUCAAGCAUGUUUAUUUAGUACAACAGCUACUACCGGUGAUGCUCAGAAUUCUUCACCCAAACCGGAUUCCAAUGGAGGAGAAAAGUCAGGAGGAUCGGAACAGAGUAGCAGUAACGAAGGCAAAUCUGUUCGCGGCGGGCCUGUUUCAUGGUUGAGCUUUUUCCUCUUGCUGGUAACCGGAGGAGGAAUUCUCUAUUAUUUUGACAGGGAAAAGAAACGGCAUAUUGAAGAAAUAAAAACUGUUGCACAGGCUGUAAAAGAAGGACCAUCUGUGGGAAAAGCAGCCAUUGGAGGCCCAUUUAGUCUCAUAAACCAUGAUGGUAAACCAGUGACUGAGAAAGACUUUCUGGGGAAGUGGACUUUGAUAUAUUUUGGCUUCACCCAUUGCCCUGAUAUCUGCCCAGAUGAACUGCUAAAGCUAUCUGCAGCUAUUGAUAAAAUAAAGGAAAAGGCAGGGAUUGAAAUCGUACCAAUUUUUAUCACUGUUGACCCAGAGAGAGAUACUGUUGAGCAAGUGCGUGAAUAUGUCCAAGAGUUUCAUCCAAAAUUAAUUGGAUUAACUGGUAACCCAGAUGAGAUAAAGAAAGUUGCCCGUGCAUAUCGAGUUUAUUAUAUGAAGACUGCAGAGGAAGACUCAGACUAUCUUGUUGAUCAUUCCAUUGUCAUGUAUUUAAUGGGUCCUGAUAUGGAGUUUGUAAAAUUUUUUGGGAAGAACAAUGAUGUCAACUCGCUUACUGAUGGCAUAAUCAAAGAGAUAAAGCAGCAGAAAAAGUAGAACUUCAUUUUUUCCAUUUUCCCCAUUCAUAUUGUCUUUGAUCUCGGAUCAUCCUCUUCUUGCUGAGGGCCUUAGGAUACCUAGGAUUUUUUAUCAAAUACUUCAUAUUUUAGUUUCAGAAAAUUCAUGGAUGUAUCAAGAACUCCAUUUCAAGCGUUGGGGCCGUUGUACAUUGAUGCAAUUUUCAGGUGGCGAAAAGAAACAAGGGAAAUAUGGAAUAAAGGAUGAAGUGGCCUCGCUCCGUUUUUUUGUUUUUUUGUUUUUUUUUUUUGGAACUGAAGUUAAAUAAGUGGCCUCGCUUGAUUUGUCAAAGAAUUAUUUGGUAUUCUAAUGUAAUACUAGUGUUUUCUCGAAAAUCCUUAGCUAGUGCUAACCAUGUGUUUCUCCAAAAAUCCUCGGUCGACUUUUACCACGAAAUUAUAUUGAAAUCUGGAAGAAAAAGUAUGAAAAUUAAAAAUGCAUAGAUGCCGGGCGGUUUCUUCGUAAGGCUGGGCGUGUGUCUGUCUGUGUAUGUGUCCAACUGAUUUUUUCCUCUCUUUCUCCUUUUCUUUGCU